AUGACAAAGGAGGACCACAUGGGAAAGGAUUCCUGGAGAAGGAUGGAAGUAGUGAACCACCUCCAUAUCCUGGGCCACCUUCUGGAGAACCACCCACAUAUCCUGGACCACCUCGGACCAAUCUUGAUGAUGCUCAAAGAGAGCCAGUGGAUGGAUACAACGAUAGCCUUGCCCCCAGAGCCGUUCUCCCGCGCCGUUAAAGAAGGCGAUUACAAGUCCGUUAAGCUCUUUCUGAACGCGGGUGUAAGUGCGAAUCCCUAUACCCUAGAUGGACUCUGGAUGCUGCACCUGGCGGUUCAGUAUGGCCAGAUCAAUAUUGCUGAGUUAUUGCUACAGUACGGUGCAGACCCAAAUUUGGAGGCAUGGGUCACCAAGCCCAGGCGCAGUGAAUUGAUGAAAGGGCUAACAGAUAGCGACGGUGAAUUUCUAUCCAGCAGCGAAUGGGAACUAUGGGGCAGAUAUGAAUAUGACCACCGUGAACGCUACUGGAGAUUAAACGAGAAUGAGGGGCAGCAUUACGCAACUGCGUUAGACCUUCUGUGUCACGGUCCCAGGUCAGCACAUAAGAGGAUGGGCCGACUACUUCUAGAAGCCGACUCUAGGUAUACGUGUCUGAAACUGUUUGUGUUAUCCUGGAUCUGGACAAGAUCUUACAACAAGCCUAUUUUGACUCCUGCGUUUAGAGAGGCAAUAGAUCUGUCCGAUGCGCCGGUAGAGCGAGUUGAAAAGCGACGUAAGGUUGUCAACCCGUUUUUAGCCCUGCCCGGGGAGGAAGGAGACCUCAUGGAAAGUCCUGGGACUGAUGAUAGCGCCGGGCAUAUUCAGUUGCACAUGGAAGUUCGAUGGGCCCUAAGAGCAAAAUUGCUUGGCAAUGUAAAGUUCUUGCUGCAGUGGAGGCGCCUCAACUUCGACGCCGGGUUGCUGUCCAAAUGCAGGCAGAUGAUGUGGGAGGCAGAUGAGAGGGACAUGAGAAUUAUGAAGAGGUAUAUGGAGGUGUUGCUCUUGAUGGAGAAGGCUAUGAAAUGGAAAUGAGUGGUGUUCAAGAUAUCAACCUUUAGGGAGAUAAAGGAUGGUUUUCGAGGUUGCAGUUUGAAGCUUAGCUGAACGGUUUGAAUUAGAAUGCGUUGUUGAGAAAUUUCUCACCCAACUAUGUUUCGUCGUUGAUAGACUCGUAGAUAAUCAAGGACUUGACUCAGCGAUUUCGGUAGAGAAGUUCCCAGCAUGUUUGGAUGUGUCACCUAAAGGGGCACUCAUCGACAAGACCGAGAUUGGGGAACUCCAGGAACGCUGUUUACGGAGAUAGGAGUCAGCACUGAUCUGUUUGAG